AUGGAAGCCGCCAUGCAUACAAAGGACCGGUACGCCGCGUCCAAAGUGGCCGGCGACGAGCGCAGCGCCAAGAGCACCAUCCUUGAGACCGGCGCAGCAUUGACACAGGCAAGCCGGGACUUCACGCCCGUCAAGAACAUCUGCGCCCACCUCAAUGCCUUCCACGUAUACGCCUCGGAUCCGAAUCGCAUUGUCGAGACCAACCACUACUGCGGCCACCUGACCGAAGACACAGACGUCCGGCAAUGUCUCUUGUACGACAGCCCCGAACCCGGCGCACGGCUCGUUGGCAUCGAGUACAUGAUCUCGCCCAAGCUGUACGAGACGCUGGACAGCGACGAGCGUAAGCUGUGGCACAGCCACGUCUUCGAAGUCAAGUCGGGCAUGCUUGUAAUGCCGCAGCCGUCGGCACUGGUGCCCAUGGCGGCGUGGGAGAAGGCUGAGGGCGCCGAGAUGGAGGAAGUCGUUCGCCUGUACGGUAAGGUCUUCCACACGUGGCAGGUCGACCGCGGCGACAAGAUUCCGCUCGGCCAGCCUCAGCUCAUGACCAGCAUCACCUCGGCCGACCAAGUCCCCGGCCUCGACGAGAUACUCGAUAAGCGGGACAGCCGGUUUCCGGGCACUGAUUGGCGACGGAAAAAGGAACUGCGAAAAGAUAUUCCCGAGCCCGAGAUUAACCAGGAUGCCGAUCAAACAUGGAAGAAGCAAUUAGGAAACAACACGGUGUGGCUACGAUGA